AUGAUCUCAAACAUCGAUAGCCCUCCUCCCCUGGACAUCUGCUCCAUGAUCAUCUCGCCCGAGAAGGGCACCAAGAAACGCCGGCGACACGAGCUCGAGAUCCGCGAGGCAGAUUCAGGCAUGGACCUGGAUGGAAAGGGAAGGGCCGCGCGCUCCCGCAGCGUCAACGACCUGACUUCCCAGGAACUUGCCGUCGCCCAGACAGUUGCCAUCGAGAGGCUGCAGCAAGUUCUCUAUGUCGACAUCCAGUAUCCCUUUCCCGGCCUCGACAACACCGACGCCAAGAGCAGUCCGCCGGCGACCCCGACGAGCCGCUUGCGAUUCGAGGGCCAUAAGUCUGUCUCGGUCAGCAUGAACCUCGACUGCGACUCCAGGGCCACACCGCCGGCCUUUGUCUAUAUCCACCACCUGGAUGUCUUUGUUCCCUCGGCGCUACAUCACCUCGUGCAGUUUCUGCAAGCCCACGGGCUCGACAACCCAGGCCUCUUUCGCCAACAGGGCGACUUUGCCAAGAUCGCUGCCAUCCGCAAGACCAUUGACCAGGACGGAGCACCCCGAGCUAUCGAGCGACUACAUCCUGCCGACUGCAUCGAGGUCGGCACGGUGUUGCUCAACCUUCUGAAGGAAGACGAUCCCAUUCUCAACACCGAACUGCAUGUCGCCUUCAAAAGCAUUCUUGCCUUGAACAACUCCUCGUCUCAGCGGCUGCCAGGCUCGCGGAUCUGCCAUCCGAACCAAAGUACCAUCCGGCUGCUCCGGGACUGCCUGCUGCUGUUGGCCCCAUCCAGUCGACAGAGCCUCCAGUUUCUGCUCGACUUUUUGUGCCAAGUGCUGCGUAGAAGCAGCACCACAUUCAAGUCUCGCAUCCUCGGGGCCGUGCGGCUCUCGGCCGUGGUUGGGCCGGUGCUGGUGGGUCUGCACCAGAUUGCACGCCCGUCGAGUUCCCACGACCACAACAAAGCCAGUUUUCUGCUUUCGACGCCCGUCCGUCAGGCCAACAGUGACUGGGCCUCAAACCUUGCCGAGCUGCUCAUGUAUGCCAACGGACUCGUCAGAGAUGCCCCGCUCUCGGCACGACCCCUGUCGUCCCCAUCGCCAUCGCCGUCCCCAAUGUCGUACUCUGUACUGACGCUCGAAAGCGCGCUGUGGCGAACCAACCCGACCCUCGAGGAGGCCAUCCAUGACCAUGCGCUGCUCGUGUCGGCAUUGGGCCAAAGAACGCCCACGAAAAAAUCGCUCGCAAACAUGACUCCGAAGCGCAAGUCUCGCCAUUCGCAUACAGGAGCAGUCAACUCGAGUCCGUUUGCGGCAAUCAAAGGCUCUCCUGUCAAACCCCUUGGUAUCUCGGGGAUUUGUGCUCGCAACCUCUUUGCGGCGCCAAAGCCGCUCGCACUCACAGAUUGUCUCGGCACAACCAGCUGGCCAGGAUCGCCCGUCCACUCCCCAACCAUCCAGACUCGCCAACUACAAAACUUUUUGCACAGCGACGGUCUGCAGUUCACAAAGUCGGGCCAUCGAUCCGAUCCAACCAGCCACGACGACCUCCGAGAGCCUUUCCCAAAGCGAUUCAAGCUGUGGUAAUCCGCAAAGCCAUGUGAUUGCACACGCCUUUCAAACGCUUUUCAAACGCUUUGCACACGCAAGAUGUGGGACUAUUGCUGUUGCUAGUAAUCCUUUUCUUGAUGCUGAUGAUGUGUCCUUCAAGCUUGCUCUUAAUUUACGAGCUUUCCGAUCUUUCCGAUCUUUCCGAGCUAUACCACCGCUGGGUCGUCUCACAAC